UUGGAGCCGGUUUCAUAAAAGUAUAAUUAACGGUCAUAAUCCAUAUCAUUACGUGUUAGAAACAAAAAACACUUUUGGUAUAAUUCGUAGUGGAUAUAUAACGACUGUAAAAUGAGCAAAACAAAAAGAUUAACCUUAUCACAAUGAUUAAAAUAAAAACUAUAUUACUCCAUUUCAAUUAUGUAACAGACAAAUAAGAUAAUAGUCCCAUACAGUCUACAAUGAAUAAUAAAUCAGUACAUCCUGUCGUGUAGACGAGCAUAAUAAGUACGGCAUCAGCAUUAGAAUUUAAUUUAAAUAUUUUAAAUUUCGCGCUCUGUACAUUCACCCCCUCCCCAGUGCAUUGUUUUGUUUUGUCAUGGCAAUCUUUUACGAUGCAUUCUUAUCAUCUGCUGUGAUUUAAGUGCUAUAAUUAUGUAUAAAUAUUGUGUUAGUUAAAAGUUAGUGAAAUAGGAAGAUAAAGAGUAUUUGUGCUAAUGGGUAUUGCAUGUUUUUAUAAAAAUUUUACAUUUACAAUUCCCCAUCCCCACCCCACAGCCUUUAUUUACAUGUUUUACUUGCGCACGAAAUUUAAAUUUUAAAUGCACACGCUCUUGGGCUGUUUUAACCUUUUUGUACCUUUAAAAUGUUUCAUUUCAAUAGACGUAGGAGACACAUUUUAAAUAAUUGUGCACAAUAUGUGUCAACUAGCCAGCUUCGUGCCGGGAACAAAUUUCGAGACAUUCCAGGACCGUUAUCUUUACCGGUUAUUGGCACUUUACACCAGUACCUACCGUUCAUUGGUCCCUUUAGGUUCGAUCGGCUUCACCGCAACGGCUUUAAAAAGUUGAAACAAUAUGGACAGGUCGUGCGAGAGGAAAUGGUACCCGGUGUGAAUGUCGUCUGGUUGUUUAAACCCGAAGAUAUAGAGAUUAUGUUUCGUUUCGAAGGGAAAUACCCGCAGAGGAGGAGCCAUCUUGCCUUAGAGAAGUACCGCUUAGAUAGACCAACCGUUUACAAUACAGGAGGUCUUUUACCUACCAAUGGUCCAGAGUGGUUACGGUUGCGGAGUGUCUUUCAGAAAGGGCUGAGUAGCCCCACUGCUGUACAGAAUUUUAUACCUGAUGUAAAUGAUAUCAUUCAAGAGUGGUUAAAUCGUUUACAGGAUGUUUGCAAGACACCAUUUUUAGAUUAUUCGCACGAACUGUCCCGAUUGUUUUUAGAGUUGACAUGUUUCGUUACGCUGGAUUUACGGCUAAACAGCUUUAGCAAGGACGAACUAAAGCCAUAUUCUAGAUCGUCCAGAUUAAUGGAGGCGGCUUUAACGACAAACAGUUGCAUAUUAAAAACCGACAACGGCCCGCAGCUAUGGCGCAAAUUCGAAACCCCCCUAUACAAAAAGUUGAGAAAAUCUCAGCAGUUUAUGGAAGCGGUCGCUAUAGAUUUAUUAUCGCAAAAGAUGACGUUUUUUAAAGAAGAUAGAAAAAAAACGGAAUCUUUACUGGAAAGUUACCUGUCUUCUCCCGCUUUAGAUUUUAAAGAUAUUAUCGGAAUCGUCUGUGAUUUUUUAUUGGCAGGUAUUGAUACAUCAACUUACACCACAAGCUUCAUUUUAUACCACCUGGCAAGAAACAGACUGUGCCAAAGUACCUUAUAUCAGGAGUGCAAGAGACUUCUGCCUAAUCCAGACAGUCUUAUAACAAAGGAAAUUUUAAGUGAGGCUCAUUAUGCAAAGGCAGUUAUCAAGGAAACGUUACGUUUGCAACCGAUUUCGGUAGGAGUCGGACGAGUACUGGAUAGAGAUGCCGAGUUUUCCAAUUUCCAUGUUCCAAAAGGGACAGUUGUCGUAAGUCAAAAUCAAGUCUCGUGCCGUUUGGAAGAGCACUUUGUUACCCCAAAUGAAUUUCGACCGGAAAGAUGGUUGAAAAAUCACGAGCUUUACACUCAACCACAUCCGUUUUUGGUUAUACCGUUCGGGCAUGGAGCUCGGUCGUGCAUCGCUCGGAGGCUAGCAGAGCAGAACAUGCUCAUUUUUAUCCUUAAGUUAACCAGGAAGUAUAAAUACCAAUGGGACGGACAGUUAUUAGAUACAAAAUCGCUACUUAUAAAUAAACCAGAUGGACCAAUUUCCUUGAAAUUUGAAAAACGUUUGUAAGAAGAAAACCCAAAUAUAUUUUGUGGAUAUAAUUCACGUUAACUUUUUAUAAGGAAAAAAUACAUUUUCUCAUUCAA